CGUGACUCCCUCACUGUCCUUCUGUCAGUCUCUGCCGCCCUCCUCAUCGUCACUGUUGUAGAGUCUGAAACUAAAAAGCAGCCAAGAUGUCUGAGGGAAAGAAAAUGACAUCAAGCCGCAGGCAUCAUCUCAAGAGUUUGAUGCUGCAGAUCGCUGCAGGCUGGUUGGAGCAGGAAGCCACCGACAUCGCAGCCGCCAAGGAGGCUUACAUGGCGGAGAACUGCGCCGCCCCCGACCUGGGCGGAGACCAGGCGGCUCUGGUGGACAUCUGCAAGAAGCUGUUCCAGGCCCUCGACAAGAUCGAUGAGGACAGAUACGACGCCGAGGCCAAAGUGGUCAAGACAGAGAAAGAGGUCGAGGAGCUGAAGUUGAAGGUGGUCGAGUUGGCUGGAGUGAAGAAACCCGCCCUGAAGAAAGUGCGUAUGUCCGCUGACGCCAUGCUGCAGGCCCUGCUGGGAGGCAAACACAAGGUGACCAUGGACCUGAGAGCCAACCUGAAGCAGGUCAAGAAGGAGGUCAAAGAGGAGGGUGGCGACAGCGUCGGCGACUGGCGUAAGAACAUUGAGGACAAAGCUGACAGGAAGAAGAUGUUCGAGACUUCCUAAAAGACUUUCACUUCCUCUCUUUCCCACAUCUGACCCUUUUCAUGGAAUAUAAAAAACUCGUGCCAUUAAAUUAAAUCUUUUUUUUGGAAUAAGGAAA